AAAAAAUUCCGCAGCAGCGAUUGAACAUUCAGUCAUCUACUUUUUGACGAUUGGAUCUCUCUGAUAGAUUCCCUAAAAUUUCCCCAAAUCCUAUUCCUGCUCAAAAUACAAUCUCGAAUUGUUUCACAGAUUCAUACUCUCACUUCGCCGGAUUCUCCACGAUCCGAUCAUGCGCUUUUGCGCGUGAAUGGUAUGAGCAUCCACAAUUGCCGCGCUCCAAUGUGCCUCAAAACCGUCCAACCGUCUCCUGCCGCCGCCGAUAUGUCGCCGGAAAAAUUCGUUGCUUCCGAUGUUAAGGUGGAGGACCAUCUGUUCGUGCCGCCGCUCAACUUUUCUAUGGUGGAUUACGGAAUAUACCGCUCCGGAUUUCCCAACUCUGCUAAUUUUCCUUUCUUGAAAACCCUAGGCCUCCAAUCGAUCAUAUACUUGUGUCCAGAGCCUUAUCCUGAAGAUAAUAUGGAGUUUCUCAAUGCAAAUGGAAUUCGUCUUUUUCAGUUCGGCCUUGAAGGUUCUAAGGAGUUAUCUAUAAACAUCCCUGAGGAUGUAAUUGUUUGUGCAUUGAGAGUGCUAUUAGAUGAAAGAAACCAUCCGCUCCUAAUUCACUGCAAACGAGGAAAGCACCGGACUGGUUGUCUUGUGGGAUGUCUUAGGAAGUGGCAAAAUUGGUGCCUGGCUUCAAUUUUCGAUGAGUAUCAGAGGUUUGCUGCAGAUAAGGCUAGAGUUACCGAUCAGAGAUUCAUUGAAUUGUUCGACAUUUCAAGAAUAAACAAGUUGGCAUCCCUGCCUCACUAUAUCUAACGAUACUCAAGGAUGUGUGAUUCUUACUGAUGUGGAGAUCAAUGGAAUGCGAGUCAUCUGGGAUGCUACUUUUCAUUUUUUUUUCUUUUCCAUUUUUUUGAGAGUGGUAUUAUUCGUUAAUAGAGGCUAUAUAGCUCAUUACGUUCGAUAUUGUUGCCCACAUUUUUUCAGGUGUGCUGCAAUGAGGAAGAACACUCUAUUACUGUGGAUUGAAAAUAUUAAAUCAAUUCUUUUUGUGAAACUUUA